GUACCCAAGAAGCUUCGGUUGCGCGUGUGCUGCUUCCCCAGGUCCUGGCAGCGCCAUCCGGCUGGAGGGAGAGGACUCUGGCCGCUUGUUUUGUCACUGCAAAGAAACACUGGAUGUUUUUAUUUUUAUUUUAAUUUCCAGUCUUUCUGGAUGUACAUGGGCGCGUCGCCAAGAGGGACAGGGCAUCUAAGUGGCGACCCUCAACGUCGGUAUCGAUGGAAAAAAUAAGUUGACUGUUCCUGGAAGAAUUUUGUUUUCCUCGUUCCAGGCAAGAGGAGAGCUCAUUUUAUCAAAAUGAUUCGGAUUUCAAGAAUCAAGGGAGUGCGCGAGUAGUGACAUUCAGAGGAAGACAGCGACCCACAUUUUGUGAACACAGUGCGAACGUUUUGUAUCCUAAACGCUCUAUCUCGAUGGCCACAUUUCCGCGCGACGCUGCUUGAAAAUUCGUGGCGUUGCAUAGGUAAAGAUUUGUUUGACGGGGGGGCAUUUUGCCUGCGUGUGAAGCCAAAACACAAGUCAGCUAGCAAGUGACAAGCUAGCGAGCGUGGCCUGAUUGAGACCCAGCUAACUUCUGCAAACUGAAUGCAGCACUGGCAGUGGGAACAGCGUCGGUGCUGGAGCAGACAACAUGGCAAACAUGAGGAAAUUGAAAAGAUGAACGCGCCGUGUCCUAUGUAAAUGUACAUCGAUCUCCCUGUUCUCUCCGAAAAAGGGGGGAUCAAACGAAUUUGGGGUGAGGAGAGUUGCUCAUCACUUCCAACAUGCGGGAGAUUUAAGGCUGUGCAACAUUUAUUUAUUGUGGGGGGAGCGGGAUUUAUUUUUGUGGCAUCAACAAUUUAGCCUUUUAAGUUUAUCAAGGGAAGGAAGGAGAUUGUUGUACAAAAUUACAUUAAGAAGCUUAAUAUUGCGUUGUUCAUUAGCGUUUUGCACGCAGUAGUAAAGGGUCCAUUUUCAGAACUAGGUCAGAUUGAUAGAACGAUAACCCUGGCGACUCUGUGAGAGUGGCUUAAUUAUGACAACUGACACAUUUAUUUCCCUUUCAUGCCAGAUACUUUUUUAGGUUUGUUUUUUUUAAAUAUUUUUUUAUGUUGAAUUUUAUGUCGUUGUAAAUGACAGCCAAAUGAUAGUUUGAAAACCACUGCCUCCUGUUUGACAGGUCACACAUUUAGCCUGUUCACCGUAAGAUUUCACUAGGGAUCCAUUUUUCGCUCCUGUUCUUUUCCUCCCCUUCCUUUGUUUUUGUUUUGAGUGGAUGGCUCUCUGCGGAACGACGGCAACUAAUGCCGCAAAAAUGAUGGCCGCGUACAACGGUGGUGCCUCGGCAGUGGCAGCACACCACCCGCACCAUCACCACCAACUACCGCACCUUCCGCCUCCUCACCUCCACCACCACCACCACCCCGGACAGCAUCAUCUGCAGCAUCCCGGUUCGGCCGCCGCCGUCCACCCCGUUCAGCAGCACGCCUCUACGGCUGCGGCAGCCGCGGCUGCUGCCGCUGCGGCGGUGAUGCUGAACCCGAGCCAGCAGCAACCCUACUUUCCCUCGCCAGCUCCCGGACAAGCACCAGGCCCGGCGGCGGCUGCUGCACCAGCCCAGGUUCAAGCUGCUGCCGCCGCAGCUGUCAAAGCCCACCACCACCACCAUCAGCACUCGCAUCACUUACAGCAGCAGCUGGACAUAGAGCCAGACAGACCUAUUGGAUACGGCGCUUUUGGAGUGGUUUGGUCGGUGACGGAUCCAAGAGAUGGCAAGCGGGUGGCCCUCAAAAAGAUGCCCAACGUCUUCCAGAACCUCGUCUCCUGCAAGAGGGUCUUCCGCGAGCUGAAGAUGCUCUGUUUCUUCAAGCAUGACAACGUCCUGUCAGCCCUUGACAUUCUGCAGCCUCCUCAUAUCGACUACUUUGAGGAAAUCUACGUGGUGACAGAGCUGAUGCAGAGUGACCUCCAUAAGAUCAUUGUGUCCCCCCAGCCCCUCAGCUCCGACCACGUCAAAGUCUUUCUCUACCAGAUACUCAGAGGUCUCAAGUACCUGCACUCGGCUGGCAUCCUACAUCGAGACAUUAAACCCGGAAACCUCCUGGUGAACAGCAACUGUGUCCUUAAGAUCUGUGACUUUGGUCUGGCGCGGGUGGAAGAGCUGGACGAGUCGCGUCAUAUGACGCAGGAGGUGGUGACGCAGUACUACCGUGCGCCGGAGAUCCUGAUGGGCAGUCGGCACUACUCCAACGCCAUCGACAUCUGGUCCGUCGGCUGCAUCUUCGCCGAGCUGCUGGGACGACGCAUCCUCUUCCAGGCCCAGUCUCCUAUCCAGCAGCUGGACCUGAUCACAGACCUGCUGGGCACCCCGUCUCUGGAGGCCAUGAGGACGGCCUGCGAGGGGGCCAGGGCUCACAUCCUGCGGGGACCCCACAAACAGCCAUCUCUUCCAGUCCUCUACACGCUGUCCAGUCAGGCUACACAUGAAGCUGUUCAUCUCCUCUGUCGGAUGCUCGUCUUUGACCCGUCUAAGCGGAUCUCGGCCAAGGAUGCCCUGGCCCACCCUUACCUGGACGAGGGCCGGCUGCGCUACCACACCUGCAUGUGUAAGUGCUGCUACACCACCUCCACGGGCCGCGUCUACACCAGCGACUUCGAGCCCGUCACCAACCCCAAGUUCGACGACGGCUUUGAGAAGAACCUGACGUCGGUCAGGCAGGUCAAAGAGAUCAUCCACCAGUUUAUUCUGGAGCAGCAGAAGGGAAACCGCGUGCCACUCUGCAUCAACCCCCAGUCUGCUGCCUUCAAGAGCUUCAUCAGUUCCACCGUGGCCCAGCCCUCCGAGAUGCCCCCGUCUCCUCUGGUAUGGGAGUGAGGAGUGGAGACACCACGGUCACCACCACCACCGGCGUCACCACCACCACCACCACAGUCACCACUUAAACAGACUGACUGACUGCUGGCUGAGCUCCAGCGCUUGUCCCCCAAGUUGGCCUUCGCAGCCUGGCCUGUCCCUUCCCCGAUCGCCACCACCAUCACCAUCAUCACCACGCCCUUUACCAAACCCCCCCACUGAACUCCACUGCCCCCCUCACCCCACAUACCUCCCAAACCCAGAACUACUGAAGAGGACCAGGCACUACCCUGCCCACUCCCCCCUCCUAUACACCCUCCCCCCAGACAAAAAAAACUACGUAGCAUUUCACUGGAGUCUAGGACUAGCAAAAACAAAGAUGUUUUAUCACAUUGUGUACUGUAAUACUAACUGAAGAUGGACUCAUUUUGUUUGUUUGUUUGUUUUUGGGUUUAUUUUAUUAAUGUACCAACCACUGCUGAUUAGAUUUUUUUUGCUUUUAUUUGUUAGAUAACAUGGGGGGACUGAAGGGGGUGGGUGGGUGAAUGGGUAGGACUCGAGAGGGGAAGGGCGAGCCUGAUGUUUGUGACUACUUUUCUCACAAACACACACACACACACACACUGAGAUGUUGACGUGUGUAGGCGUUUUGUUUGCGUAAUGCACUGCCCUGGCCCUCUAUGGACAAGAAUGUGGAAGUGCUAGCGUGGGGGGCUUGGUCCGUUCUUCAGCUGACCUGAUGAAGAAAAAAAGAAGAAAAAUAAUAAAAUGGAGGGAGGAGAAGGAAGAUGGAAGUGGUGGCAGACUUCACGUACGCAGUUGAUCAUCCUUCAUUUGUCUUCAAGUGUGUGGACGGCUGCCGUUGUUUUGGAGCAGCAACACAAAAGACACUACGUACUCAUCUCUCUUCCUCUUCCUCUCUCUUCCUUCCCUUUUUUCUUUCUCUCUCACUUUCUCAUUCUGUCUUUGACGCUCCCACUCUCUUCAGUCUAGCAUACCCUGUUUGGACAGACAAGAAUGACCUGAAUGUGAUGACUUUUUAUUCAUACUCUUUCAAGUUGCUAAGCAUUAUGGUAAGAAGUUUUGCAUGUUAGAUUUUUCUUAGUGGUGUUCACCUAUCAUCUUUCUCUUUCUUUUGCUCAUUCCUACAUUUGUAGUAGCAGGCAUUUUUUUUCUUUCAUUUCUUUCUUUAUUUGAGUUUUGUUUUCCAUAGUUUUGUUAGCCUUUCUUGAUGAUAAUGUCAAGCCUUUGUCUGAAGGCCAUGUCUCCUCAUCAAUCCAAACAGGCUGCAGGGUAGCGAGGGCCAUCACCUUGGUGGGGAAGCCUGGGACCAGGCAGUUGAGUAGUGCUCUCCAACCAAGACAGGUAGCACAUUGCAGGUCCCGUGUGCAGAGCCUAAACAGCUCUGCCCAUGUGGAUAGCCUCAUCUUUUAGGCCCGAGUAAGGAGGAGCGUGCAAGAAGUGCUUUCAACAGAGUAGAGACGCGCAAGAAGUGCUUUCACAACGUAGAGAGAGCAGUCACUUUGUUUUAAUUUUUGUGUUUCUGUUUUUUUGACGCUUUUUUGUUGUUGUUUUUAUGUGAAGGUAUGUCUCGGGCAUGGUCCCAGUAUAUGCUCUAGUCUAGAGACCAGGGAGGAGUAAUCAUUACAAGCAAGCUUUAGUCCCCUAAUCUUUUGGUCUGGUCACUCCGAGCACAGGCCUCUUCCUGCCAGAAGAGCCAAAGUGGCGUUAUUUGUUAAGAGGAGAACGAAGCCAUAUGAUUCUUCCAUAUAGUAGCCUUACCACUUGCUCGGAGUUGACAUGGAUCUGGGUUAGUAGUGACUGCACAGGCUCGACGCAUGCAGAACUCUCCCAGGUUCCUAAGUAGGCAUGGUGAUCAUGCAGGUCCUUCACCGUGAAGGACGCCGGAGACAACCUUGUGCUUGUUCGAGGAGUCGAGUCUAGAGCCGGAGCUGGCGGCCGACCUUGUGCUUGUUGAACAGUCUGUUCGGGAAGAGAGAUGGGGGAGGUGAGGAGAAAACAAGCCAGCAAGAGGCUGAUGCUCGCUCAUUCGCUCUCUCGCUCGGCCUCGUUUCUCUAGGCUGUCGGAGGCAGGCAGAGUUGAACAUGUGGUGCAUCUGUCAUUUGUCCCCAACGAGGACAAAGUGGCCACAGACAAACAGGCACAUACGUACAGUAGGUAGAGACACAGAGGUAGGAGAGAGUCCAGACGUAGUAUCAAAGUUAUGAAAGCAGGAGGGGGCAAGUCGGCCAGACGUCCAGAGAAAUGAAAACUCUGAGGCUUCUGGGGCUUCAGCUCCAAAUGCUGUUGUGAGAUCAUUCCUUGAAGAUAAUUUUUAAUUUAUUCCAUGUAAAACAUGGCCUAAGGUCCCCAAAGGAAGGUGUGUGUGCGUGUGCAUGUGUGACCGUUGUGCACACCUCUGCACAUGCAUGCCAGAAUGUGUGACUAAAAAAAAAGAAAAAAGAAAAGGAUAACGAUAGUGUAUGUAUCCUUUGUGUAAGUACCAUUCUAGAGACUUGUGUUAAUGUUUCUUUGUUUGGUUGUUUUGUUUGAUUGAUUGAGUUCAUUGGUAUAUUCAUCUGCUGAAGUGGACCACCAUGGAGCGAUAUUGAAGAGUGCUGCAAAAAGCUUGCCCCCCCCGACCCCUAGCUUUGUGUCAAAGUAAAAGCCCCCCUAAGAGAAGGCUCGGACUUCUGGUCAGGAGAGUGAAGAAACUCUAGAACCUUCCAUCUACCAUAGAAGCUCUAGAAGUUUCUAUAUCCCCCACCCCCAGAGAAACAAUCCAGUUUCACCAUCAUCGAUAAUAAAUACACUGUAUAGUCACACUCGUACCUAUCCAUACCAACCCAGAAGCAGAAAAAAAGAGAAAUUAUUUAAUAUAUUUUUAGAUGAUUUUUAUUAUUAUUUCUUUUUUCUUAAAUGUUUCAACGGCAUGCUCUCAUGACCCACUGAAUACGUUUUAUGUAAAUACAUGAGUAGCUACUAGGCUGAAACAUCUGAACAGUCCACCGUGGAUUAAGAUUUAAAAAAAGAAAAGGCGAAACAAAGAAAAACAAACUUGCAGUACCUAAACAAAAUGAAGAAGACUCCAACAUUACUGCUGUAGAGAAGGAGGGAGACCUGCACAUUUUUAGGGCUGUGAAUUUUUUUGUGUUUCUUUCUCUCUCUAUUUGUUUUCUUUUUUGUUUUUUUGCAUAUAAUUGUAAAUAAUUCUGAUUUUUUUGUUGUUGAUCUUUUCUUAACUCCCUCCCUGCAGUAAGAAAGUGUUAAGAGAUAAUCCAAAUGAUUUCAGAUUAACACAGGCAAAAAAACACAUAGCCAAUUAUGUUAAUUGUGUAUUGUGUGUACUUAAAAGCUGUGGAUAUGAGUAUCGAAGUAGAAGCCCACUUUAUUAUUAUUAUUACUAUUAUUAUAAUUAUUAUUAUUAUUAUUAUUUUCUCCUGUAGACAACUAAAAACACUGAACUAUUUGUGUAUAUGUAUAUAAUGAAUUCACAAUGUUGGUCUCUACCUCUUGAGCUCAAUGACUUGGUUGUUUACCUCCACAUUUUUGAUUUUGCUGUGGAGAUUUAAAACUUGAAUGUCCCUUCCAGUUUUUAUAUUCCUACAAGAAAAAAAAUCCCACUUAUGGAAUGAAAGUCAUCAUCACGAUUCAAAUUACAUGAAAAAGAGGCCCCUCCUAUCCCUAUAUUUCGAUGAUAAGUUACUUUAUUCUUGGCCAAGUAUUUUCUGACUGUUAGUGCACAGAAAUCCUAUUGGACAUGUCAACCUUCAGUCAUUGAGGUGAUCGCUUAUGUUGAAAUUCAGUAUCGAAAUCAUGAUUCUGCUUGUUUAUUUUCUAGGGGUUAUGUAAAAAUAACAAGUGACUGGCGGAAAAAAGAUAAGAUUGAAACAAAAGCAGUUUGAUGUGUUAGAGCCCUCUGCAAACUUCUAUCAAAAAUUUAAAUGGGUACUGCUUCUGUCAAGCAUUUCUAAAAAUAAAACAUUUGAAGUUUUUACUCAGAGGUAAAGGUAUGUCAAUAUACAUUUUAUGAUCCAUACUGAAGAGAGUUGUUAAUUGCCUGAAUGCUUAAGAUGGUCACACGGAAAAACGACCCAGUUAAUUUCUAUCAUCCAUUGGGGAAAAAUACAAACAAAAUGUUUUGGUCUCUCAACGAAAAUGUAGAUUUGAAGUUCCGUGGUCAAGCUCAUUAAAUGUUGACAUUUAAAAAGGACAA